AUGCUCCGAGCCGCUUACCUCAGUCUAGUCACGUGAGUCCUCCGCGCGCGAUAACAGCGGCCCGCGGCGCUUAUCACCGCCGUGGCGUCAUCUGGUCUGUGCACCAUCGCCAUGUGAUCAUCGGGGGUGUUGAUGGAUGACUACAUGUACUACAUCUACUCUGCAUCCACCUCGAAUCCGUGCGGUGAGGUGAUGCCUGGAGCGCGUGAUUCUCUGUUCUCGCGGAUCUCUGCGACCUCAUCCCAUGCCAUGCUCACCAACAUCCCGCCACGCUCAUCAGAGCAGUACCGUCGUCGGGAUGCUGUGCUAUAGCCUGUUGUUGCUGCUGGCUGUCGGCGGAGGGGCAGAUGCGGCUCGUUCGCAUCAACAACAACAACGGCGGGCCUUCGGGGAUCCCCAGCUUGUCCUGUCCCCAGAAUUUCGACAUGGCUCUUCCAGAGACACGGCACCGAAGAGUCUAGGAGAACAUCGCUUUGUACGACAGCCAUGUCGUAGGACAAGGACGUCGCUAACCAACGUCGACAGACCCUACGCCACAUCUACCACCACGGCUCCCAUCAGUACCCGCACCUCCAUCGAUACGUAGACAUACCCAAACAUGCGAAACUCCACAUCACCGACGGGGACGGGGAAAGCUACGAGCCCGGAUCCGACGCACUGCGCGUGCGAGCACAGACGACUACCAUCCAGCGGUUAGCGCAUCGCAACGAAUCCGAUAUCAACGAUCUCCUCGCACACGCAGAGUGGUAUGGAGUACCCGCCGAGCUGUCGGCAGACGCGUGGACGGAGGACGAGAUCAAGGCUCCGAAUGUGUCGGACAAGAGCACUGUCCUCACGUUUGCAAAGAUGGCCGCCAACGCGUAUGUGUUGGCGCCGACUGACGGGGAGUGGCAUCCAGUAAAAGGAAGGUUUAACUAUACCGAUGACUUUGGCUGGGAGGCUGAUGGCCUGCGUGGACAUGUCUUUGCCGAUGAGACAAACUCGACAGUCGUCAUCGGUUUGAAAGGUACGUCUCUAUGGCUAGAUCAGUAUCUGGACUGGCUGGCCCAUGCAUCACAUACACGUGAGGUGGAGGUUGACCCUAGUAAAGGUACUUCUCCCGCCGUGUUCGACGGUUCCGAUACCACAGGCAAUGAUAAGUUGAACGAUAACCUGUUUGGUUCUUGCUGCUGCGGUCAAGGAGGCCAGUACUUGUGGAAGCAAGUAUGCGACUGCAAGACCGAUACUUACACCUGCAACUCGACCUGCUUGGUGACGUCCUUGCGCGAGAAGAGCCAUUACUACAGAGCAGUCCGCGAUCUUUACGGCAACGUCACCGAACGAUACCCGAACUCCGAUGUCUGGCUUUCUGGACACUCUCUGGGAGGCGUCGUGAGUUCGCUGUUGGGUCUCACUUACGGCUUACCAACCUUGACGUUUGAGGCUUUUCCAGAUGCCAUGGCUGCAUCUCGGCUUGGACUUCCGACCCCUCCCGGGUACAAGAUUGGCUCUCAUCAGAUGCGAUCGAAGACGGGUAUCUAUCACUUUGGCCACACGGCGGAUCCGAUCUACAUGGGCACCUGUAAUGGGGCCUCGUCCUUCUGCACGAUCGCCGGCUACGCAUUCGAAGGUCUCUGCCACACUGGCCAGACCUGCAUCUAUGACACAGUCGGAGAUCUGGGCUGGAGAGUCGCCAUUGGCACCCACAAGAUCUCUAACGUCAUCAGAGACGUUCUUGAGAAAUACGACACUGUGCCAAGGUGUGAGGAGGACGCGGAGUGUGAAGAUUGCCUGCUCUGGAAAUUCUAUGAAAGCAAUAGCACAACGACCACAACGAGCAGCACUAGCACCGUCACCUCUACUUCUUCGCGUACGAGGACAGAAACUUGCAAGACGCCAGGAUGGUGGGGCUGUCUCGAUGAAUCCACGACGGCCACUCCGACAACGACUUUUACCACGACCGUCACGUCCUCGACCUGCCUGGAUCCGGGCUGGUUUGGGUGUAGGAACGAGACGAGCACAACUUUUACCAGCACCGUCACAAGGCCUGAGGCAAGCCCCGUGCCGACUAUCACAACCACCUCAUCGAUUCCAACCAGCACGUCAACAAGCACAAGCUGCAAAUCUCCAGGCUUCUUUGGUGGUUGCAACGAUCCGACGAGCACAACAGGCCUGACUGCACGACCUUCCUCGAGCGCAUCAACGACCACCGCCACACAAACAGACGAGUGA